CAGCGCUAUUGGUAGCUGGAGCACCAAUGGCUGAUUGGUCAUCAGAGCUGAGGAGGGAGGGGCCAGCAGGAAAGCGUAUUCCGGAGUUAUCAUGCAGCCUCCCUGCUUCCGGUGUGUGCUGGGAUAAUCUGUUGUGCAGCGAGAGCCAAUUGAAGAGUCCGGGCUGGAGCUCAGUUUUCUCUUUGGACUGACACCACAAUCUCGGCUCCAUGAGUUCCCAAAGGUCAAGGAGACGAUGUGUGGAACUUCAGCCAGAACUUUCUUCGGGUUGUGAGCACACUCCCAGAACAAUGUACACACUAAGCAAGUUUGUAGAAUUGCCAACUCCACCGCUGUCACGGCAUCAGUUGAAGAGAUUGGAGGAACAUCGUUACAAAAGUUGUGGAAAAUCCCUGCUGGAGCCGUUAAUGCAAGGAUUUUGGGAAUGGUUGGUAGGACAAGUUCCAGCAUGGAUUGCACCCAACCUCAUUACCAUCAUAGGACUUGUAGUCAAUAUCUUCACAACAGUAGUGCUAGCAUAUUACUGCCCAACAGCAACAGAACAGGCCCCAACGUGGACAUAUUUAUCUUGUGCUGUUGGUUUAUUUAUUUACCAGUCCUUGGAUGCCAUCGAUGGGAAGCAAGCAAGGAGAACAAACAGCAGUACUCCACUGGGAGAGCUUUUUGACCAUGGAUGUGACUCCCUCUCUACAGUAUUUGUGGUUUUGGGAACAUGCAUCGCUGUACAGCUUGGGACACACCCAGAUUGGAUGUUCUUCUGCUGCUUUGCAGCCAUGUUCAUGUUCUACUGUGCUCACUGGCAAACCUAUGUCUCUGGAAUGCUGCGAUUUGGGAUAAUUGAUGUGACUGAAGUUCAGAUCUUCAUAAUAGUCAUGCAUUUAUUGGCUGUGAUCGGUGGACCAGAUUUGUGGCAAUCAAUGGUUCCAGUUCUGAACGUCCAAGUAAAAAUUGUUCCAGCCUUCUGCACUGUUGCUGGCACCAUAUUUUCUUCUAUCAAUUACUUCAGAGUUAUCUUUACCGGUGGUGUUGGGAAAAAUGGAUCAACAAUAGCAGGGACCAGUGUAUUGUCCCCAAUGCUACACAUUGGCACAGUCAUUAUUUUAGCAACGAUGAUUUACAAGAAAUCUGCUGUUCAGCUUUUCGAAAAGCAUCCGUGCCUUUAUAUUCUUGCGUUUGGAUUUGUUUCUGCGAAAGUAACAAACAAGCUAGUGGUUGCACACAUGACAAAAAGCGAGAUGCAUUUGCACGAUACCGCUUUCAUCGGACCUGCCUUGUUGUUCCUAGAUCAGUAUUUUAACAGCUUCAUAGAUGAAUACAUUGUCCUGUGGAUUGCUCUGGUACUUUCACUCUUCGAUUUGAUACGAUACAGUGUGAGCGUCUGCAAUCAAAUAGCUUCUCAUCUUCACAUUGAAGUUUUCAGAAUAAAAACAAGCGGCUCACAUUAUAACCACCAUUAAGUGACCUAAACUAAGGAAGAGAAAUGCAUGAUUCAUAAAAGAAGAGAUGGCAAAAUCCUAAAACAAAUAUUUCAGUGUCUUCAAUGUCAAUGAAAACUUCUUGUUCUAGUUCCUGAAGCCCCAGUUUUCUAUGUAUAUGGCAUAAUAUUGUUUUUUUACGGUGGCACAUCAUGACCGUUCUGAAAAGAUUUGGGCAUGAAAAGAAAAUACGUUGGUUUUGAUUUUUGAAAAACCCUAAAGCGUUUUAAAUAUGCAGUAUUUUAAAGGACACAAGAAGAUAACCACUUGUGUGGAAAAUAUUAAUGCUCCUUAUCUUGUACAUUUAGUAUAGCUUCACUCCUGCAUAUAACUGCAAUCUUCUAAUAUUAUUUUAAUAAAUCUCUUGGGAGCUACCAUUUUACUGAAAAGUUUCCAUCUGCAUAAAAAACACUUUAUUAGGUAUAACUCCAGCCAAAACCCUUUUUUUUAUUUUUUUUACGUUUUGGAUAGUGUGAAAUGAUUUAUUGCUGUUUUUGUCUCUUCCUGGGAGGAUCUACCCUCUUUAGUCAUCUGUGAGGCCAUUGUCACCAGGAACAGAAAGUGAGUAAUCCAAAAAUUUACAGGUAUCAACUUAACAGGAUGUGAGGGUGAAGUCUUCCAGUUGGCUCCAGCGGAGUCACAUAUGGCAGAAAAAAACUGAAAGGGGAUUUAGUCCUUCCACAGUAUCCAAAAUAAAAAAAGUUAUGGUUUUAUACAUACUUUAUAGCUACUGUAUGUACUAUUUUGACAUUUAUUUCAAUAUGUUACAUACAAUAUAAUUUGCCUCUGUCAGACAGUCUAUUUUACAACCCAUUUUAAAGGGAUGUGCACACACUAUGCCAGUGUCGGAGAAUUUUCUUGUACAAUUCCAGUCAAAACUUUUUUUUUUUUUUAUGGAUAAAAAGAUUUGAAUCUCAGCUCAAUAUCGGCAUUCCUGUUGGAGAGACUUUCUAACGCUUCUUGUUGCAGUGACAAGUAAACACCUUCAAAGAGAGCUCAGUAAUAUCGGACCCUUUCACCAAACGAUCCAAAACUGAGAAAAUGUUGCCUGAAUUUCCUUGAAUGUACUUUAAAGUGGUUGUAAACCCUCAGAGUGAAGUUAAUCUUAUCAGAUGGUACAUAACACAGGCAGCUGAUCACUGACUGUGAAAGUGCACUUACUUGUGUAGUUACAGUGUAAAUCGUCUUUCAAUCGAUGAUGACGUCAUUCGCGAUUGCGCAGUAUGCUCUUUAAUUAACGGCAUGUAAAUUGUGCCGUUUGUGUAUUUCCUGCUUGUGGGGAAAUUACUAUGAGUGAGACUUCCCCUCUGAACGGUACAGAGGGGAAGUCUCAUGAUGCUGCAAUGAUUCUUGUCUUCCUGACACUCCCCCUUGUGACUGAAUAAGAUGUCACACAUCGAGGCUUGGUUAGGGCGCUAUGGCGCAUGCGUGAGAUUUUCUAAGGCAAACACAGUAAGGGCGGAAGUGACGUAGGCAAUUGAUUCUGCAAACAGCACUAAAAAUGGCACGGUCAAUACCCGGAAAUCAAGAGAAGAAAAACACCCGAAAUAAGGUACUUGCAGACCUCGUUUAGGGGCGAUUUCUAUUGAUUAUGACUUUUAAUGAGCUACUGAAUGUUAGAUUUGAAAAAAAAAUAAAUAAUUGGCUGGGGUUUACUUCCUCUAUAUGAACAUGUAAAUCAGUAGUGCUUGGUUGCACAAGAAGUACAGCAAGCAUGCAGGAUUGCUUUUAUGAGCAGAGGUUCAGCCUUUUAUAUGUUUUUUUUUUUUUUUAGGGCCUUGUACACACUUGAGUUAAAAAAAACGCUACUUUUAUAGUCAUUUGAGCUUUUUUUUUUUUUCUUUCUCUGCCUUUAAAUGCCCUUCAAUGUUAGCCUAUGUGUCCAUGCACACUAUAGGUGUUUACAAGAGUUUAGAGGCAGAAAAAAAACACCAACAUUUUUCAGAAGAGCUUUUGAGCAUAAACGUUCAAAGGCGCAUAAAUGCAAAAAUAACAGUAGGUGCGUUUAUACAUUCUCAUGGGCAGAAUAAACAUCCUGGGCAAUAGAAUGCAUUAACCCACGAAUGCACAUGUAAAACGUGGCUUUUUACUGCAUUUUUUUUGCUGCUAAACUUUUGUAGGAGAAAAGGCAUCAUAGAGAUUAUAGUGUGCAUGUGGCCUUAAAAGUUUCACAUAUGCUUAAAAUCUUUAACAUUGGCAUAUCCUAAUUUAGUAGUGAACAUGCACUUGCCAUUUAAAAUAACUGUUGAGUAAGAACAUUGCAUUUUGGAAGCAGCCACCAUAAGGUGGGAGGUUCUGAAAUCCCAUUGGCAACUACCAACUUUCUGAAAGUUGAUGGUUACUGAGGGCGGACCAUACACCUGUUACAGCACUUGGGCCAGCAAUAGGCUGCUUAGGCCAGAGCAGUGAAUUGUGGAAGGCAGAGGGGAGAAUCAUGUUACUUUAUAUCCAGAAACCACUAGGUUCCCGGCGUCCUUUUUGCUUUGGUGGGAGCAAUGAAAGAGUUUAAGAGCAGCUUACCCACUGAAGUCCUAUGUUCCUUACUUGGAUUCAUUACAUAGUGGCUUCAAAUUCAAGGGAAACUAAAAUCAAAAUUAGAAUAUCAAAGACUCAUUGCCUGUUUGGUUUGUAACCAAAAAACUAUAUUGGGGGUAUCCAGCUACUAAUCUGUAUUAUCUUUCAGCCCUCUGGAAAAGAAGGAAGGUUUGUGUAAUUUGAUUUACUCAGGGCAAGUACAAAAAGAUAGCGAAUUUUGGUUUCAAGGAUGUCAUUCCAGUAGUGAGUGACAAGGCUGCAAUAUACACAUUUUAAACACUUUUGAUCCCAGCUUAUUUUAUUGAACUCCGGUUUCCCCUUAAUAAUAUAUAUAUACCAUUUCUGGAAUAAAAGUGUCUGUGUGUUUACAGAUUAUGAACUAG